CCUAGAAGUAAACCAAAACAAGUUGUGAUUGACUCGCUUUUUCAUUUAAUUUCUACCUUAUGUUAUCUUUUAAUCGAAUGCAUCUCUAAUCUAAUUUUUUGUUUGUUGAAAUGAUUUAUUGAUCAAUUAUCAUCGUCUGAGAUCACUUUAAUCAUCUUUAUCUCUUUCAGAUUAUCUCAAUCUUGAUUAUAUGAUACUUUUCGUUUGAAAAAAAAUUGUUUUUUGUUCAGGUUUUCAAUUUUAUAGUUUAUUCAACACAAUAUGUCAGCCACUGAGUGCCCGAUAUUUCCACCUCCAGAUCAUCCAUCAAAAUGUUCUUGGUCAUUGAAAGCGGAUAAAAGUCUAGAUCCGCAUCCCCAUCAUCGACCGAUACGAGCUCCAGUCUGUCCAAAUGUUCUAAAUCAUAUUGGUAAUACGCCUCUGAUUCGAUUAAACAAAAUUCCAGCUAACUAUGGCGUUAAAUGCCAGGUUCUUGCUAAAUGUGAAUUUUUCAAUCCAGGAGGAAGUGUUAAAGACCGGAUUGCUUUAAGAAUGAUUGAAGAUGCCGAGCAAAAAGGCAUAAUCGAACCUGGUUGGACAUUGAUUGAACCUACCUCAGGAAAUACGGGUAUUGGCUUGGCUCUUGCUGCUGCUGUCAAAGGUUAUAGAUGUAUCAUUGUUAUGCCAGAAAAGAUGUCUACAGAGAAAGCUAAUGUCCUUCGAGCUUUAGGAGCUGAGGUUAUUCGUACUCCAACAUCAGCAAGUUUUGAUUCACCUGAUUCGCAUGUAUCGGUAGCUCAAAAAUUAUGUCGUUCAAUUCCUAAAUCAAUGAUUCUUGAUCAGUACGUGAAUCCGUCCAAUCCUCUGGCCCAUUAUGAUGGGACUGCUGCCGAAAUUCUUGAUCAAUGUGAUAAUAAGGUAGACAUGGUAGUUCUUGGUGCUGGAACUGGAGGAACCAUUGCUGGGAUCGGGCGUAAAUUUAAAGAAGCAGUGCCUAAUUGUACAGUUGUUGGGGUUGAUCCUUAUGGUUCUAUUUUGGCUCAGCCAGAUUCCAUCAACGAAACUAGUACUACAUUUUAUGAAGUUGAAGGUAUAGGAUAUGAUUUCAUUCCAACUGUUCUUGAUCGAAGUAUAAUAGAUGAGUGGAUCAAAACAGGAGAUAAGGAAUCCCUCAUCAUGGCUCGUGAGUUGAUCGCAAAAGAAGGACUACUUUGUGGAGGAUCUUCUGGCAGUGCUAUGGCUGCAGCCAUGAAAGUCGCUAAAAGAUUACGAGAGGAUCAAACUUGUGUUGUCAUUUUACCCGAUAGUGUUCGAAAUUACAUGACCAAAUUCCUUGAUGACCAUUGGAUGGCUGAAAGAGGUUUCCUUACUGAAAGUUUACUCAAAGCACAGGAGCAACAGAAACCUUGGUUCUGGGAUUUAGCUAUCGACAGUUUAUCAGUUGGCGCUGGAUUAAUCACAAUUAACCUAAAUAGUAAAAUAAACGAAGCCAUUUCCACCAUGAAAACUCAGGGUAUCGACCAAAUGCCUGUUGUUGAUUCUUCUGGUUAUCUCAAAGGAAUGGUUACUGUUUCUGCAACUAUGAAAAGUCUUGUCGGAGGAGCAGCUACAGUCGACGAUCCAGUUGAAACAAUUAUGACCAAAGUAUUUCCAUCCAUUGACCGCAAUGAAACACUUGGUUCACUCACAACUCUUCUUAAAUCGCAAUCAUAUGUUGUCAUUGUUGACCAAAUCUCUCCUUCAGAGGUAAAAGUAGCUGGAAUUAUUACUCAUGUUGAUGUUCUCAAUUACCUCAUUAUUGCUGAUGCCUAUGAACAAUGAUAGCAUAUUCUUUGAGUCAUUGGAAUUUAAAAAAUUGCCUCAAAUAGAGGCUAAUAUUUUCCCGUCUCAAUUUCGUAUAAUAAACUCAGGUCAAUGUUUCGUUACACUCUCGCCUAGUCAAACCUUGGGAACCUUUCGCCAUUUAUUUCAUCAACUAGCGUCUCAUCAGCUCUAACUUUCAUUAAAUAAUUUUGGUUUAAGCAACGAAAAAAAAACGAACAAUCAACUGUACCUGAAACUUUAUGGACCAGAAGCAAAUUUUACAAAACUGAUUAACUAGAGAUGCAUGGAAAUUCCAAUCGUUUAAUGCUAAUUACUUUUUCUCAAUUACUCUAAUUGAAAACUUAAUCUUUAUCAAACAUUCAUAAUUUUGAUUUAUAUUGUUACUUUUCAAAACAUUCAUAAAUGAACUGUUUACAUUACCGUAUACCGAUAAAAUAAAAACAAACCAAAAAUUGGAUAAAA